AUGGAUUCAUAUUCAUCGUUCCGCGACGCUUCGGCUGAUAGGACAUGGGGACGGGACGACCCGCGUGCGCGCGAAGACAGAGGUGAUAAAUUCUACCGUGGUCGUUCUCCAGCUCACGAACGGCGCGAGCGUCGACGAUCUAGAUCCCCCGGCCCUGCCGUCGACCGCUACGAACCUCGACCUCGACGCGAUGACCGAGACCGCGAUGACCGCCGGCGAAUCAUCUCUCCUCCGGCCAACAUUGACCGCUACAUCCCUGGUCAGGAUGUCGCCACCCCAGCCAUGGUCCGGAACCCCCUGACUGAGCCCGCCCGACUUCCUUAUCAGGUUGGCUUCUCAUACUUUAGCGAGUGGUGGCGCAUGAAUACGAGGGUCAAGGACGAGAAGGAACGUGCUCGCACCGGCCGUCGCAAAGAGCCUGAGAAGCCUCGCGGCUCCAAGGAGGCCCAGGAGGAGCGCGAGAAGGAGAAGGCCGUCAUCCAGGCUGCUUACAACACAUACAAGGAGGAGAUGCAGGCCAAGAUGGCUCGCACCUUUGUCUCGGAGCACAGGAAAGAGCAGUGGUUCAGGGAGCGCUACGAUCCCGAGGUCAGAGGCCCUUUCCGCGCCAAGCUCAACGACACGCGCCGCGGUGCCUAUACUCAGUGGGAGCAGGACCUCGAGUCUGGCACCUUUGACGAGCUGUCGCUGGAGGGUGUGCCCAAGAGCGAAACCAAUGGUGCUGCCGCCGCCGCCGCCGACAAGGAGGAAGGGGAGACGACUGCUGCCAAUGAGACUCUUGGCGUGGGUGACCUGGUUCCCGUCGAGGGUGCCGAUAUUCGAGACGACAGCCAGCUGCAGCCGACGCUACUCAUCAAGACGAUUGCGCCUCACGUCAGCCGGGAAAACCUCGAGUCUUUUUGCAAGGAGCACCUGGGUGAGGAAGAGGGUGGGUUCAGAUGGCUGUCGUUAUCGGACCCGAACCCGAGCAAGCGCUACCACCGCAUCGGCUGGGUCAUGCUGCAUCCUUCAUCCGAGACGGCCAUGCCCAUUGACCGAACCGACCCCAAGGACGAGGAUGGUGUUGCCCCGUCGGCCUCGCCUCAGCCCGUGUCGACGGCCGAGAAGGCGCUCGAGGCCAUCAACGGAAAGACGGUCAAGGACGAGGUGCGCGGGGACUUUGUCUGCCACGUGGGCGUGCACAACCCCCAGUCGAACCCCAGGAAGAAGGCUCUCUGGGACCUGUUCUCGGCCCCGGAGCGUAUCGACAAGGACCUUGACCUAAUUCGCCGGUUGGUCAACCACUUUGAGGAAGACUUUGGUUCGGACUUCCAGGGCGUCCUCAAGGUGGAGGAGAGGGUGGAAGGCCUCCGUAGCGCUGGACGUCUACAGCCCGUCAUCAUUCCCAAGUCAACCCCCCGUGUGAAAAAGGCCAGGUUCGAUGACGACGAGGCCAUGGAUGCGGAGGUUGGGGCGGAGGAUGAGGAUGGUGAGCAGGAGGAGGAAGGCGCUGCGGACGAAGACGACGUGGAUGAUGAAGAUCUCCUUGCUAAGAAGAAGGAGCUGGACCUUCUGGUAGAGUAUCUCCGCCGGGUGUUCAACUUUUGCUUCUUCUGCGUGAUUGAGUGCGACUCGAUCCACGAGCUGACGAGGAAGUGCCCCGCCGGUCACCUGCGCCGGCCUCGCUCGACACUGUCAGAGGCGGCGAGAGAGGCGGCACGUGCCACGGCCAGUGGCGAGCCCCUCCCCGAGAAGAAGCGGUCGGACAACUCGGAGGAUGGCGAGAUCGACUCGACUGAGGCGGACAAGAAGGGACGCAAUCCAACCAGCAAGGCGGAGCAGCAGCUGGCGCGGGCGUACAACUGGGUCAAGACGUUUGAGGACAAGCUCACGCAGGUGCUCGACCCGCAGUCGGUGGACCUUCGCAAGCUGGGCGGGCGUCCAAUAGACGAGGUGAUUGAGGAGGAGCUCGCUAAGCACGUGAAGCAGGAGGACGAACACAAGUGGAGGUGCAAGGUCGGCGACUGCAUCAAGCUGUUCAAGGAGGAGCACUUUUGGAAGAAGCACGUUGACAAGAGGCAUUCAGACUGGCUGGAUGAUCUGAAGCAAGAGUUUGAACUUGUCAAUGCCUACGUGCUCGACCCUGCGCAUAUCGCACCGUCCCGUCCCGACGCCAACUCAAACGGACACUUUCCCCAGCCGAACGGACAGGGAGCAGCGGGAACGCCCCGCGGGUUCAACCUCCAGAGCCUGUCAUCGAUGAACAGCAUGAUGCCCGGGUUCCCGAUGCCGCGCGUGGCACCGUUCAUGGCGGGAAUGCAGCCUGGCUUCAACCCCAUGAGCGGCGACGAGCGAUCCGGAGGACCGAUCCGACGCGGCGGCAUGCAGAGCGGCAACGGCCGGGGCCAGUACCGAUCCGGACCGUACGACCGUCGCGGGGGCGGCGGUGGCCGAUUCGACGGCGGCGGGCGCGGAGGCCGCACGGGUGGUUCCCGCUGGGGUGACGGGGCCGGUGCCGGUGCCGGUGGUCCCAGGGAGGCUGUACAGGGCCGAAACCUCAAGAGCUACGAGGACCUCGACCACGUUGCCGGCGGUGGUGGCGGUGAACUCAACUACUAG